CAAACUUUUGGCGCUACAAUCGUAGUCGCUACUACUAAUCCAGUAAGCAACCGUUCUGCUGCGUAAAAAGCUAGGUCACCGGAAACCGGCGCCCCCUUUUGCUUUGGCGACGACGGAAGAUGGAUCACAUGGACACGGACGGUCCUCUGGAUUUCGAAUUCGAAGACCCACUCCUCACUUCCGAUGAUAAUGUAGCUAAGAGAAGGACGAAAACCAUUGGCCUGGAUGAUCUGUUGACUGAUUACUUCAAGGAGCAAAGCAAAGUCAUUGAGAGGCAGUCCAAGCGGGCAAAGGCUUUGAAAGACCAUGAUGAAAGUGGGGUCAGACAAGAAGUUAUGCUAAAGAGCCUUGAAGAAUGUGAAUUCAAGGCAUGGGAUAUGAUAAAUGAGAUAGGAUGCGGUGAAGAAGAAUUUACGUGGGGGAUGCAAGUCUUUGGAAAUCAGAAAUCUGCACCGCCCCUUGUCUUCCCGGAGCUUGGUAGUAACUCCUUGUUGCAGUCUGUCAUGAACAACCAGGUCAAUUCUUUGGUGAAACUCACUGUAGAUGCAGGAGAGGGUUUCUUCGAAGGAUUACUUUUAAAUGGCUGGUUCUCGCAGUUGGUUGGUAGGGGUGGUCGUUUGGAGAAAUCAGUUGCUCAAUGGAUCUAUCAUUUAAUUAUUUCAGUGUUUUAUUCACAGAAAGAGGAGUUAAGGACAGCUGCUUGUAAAUUUUGGUGCACUGCUGUUCAACUUGAUGUGAAGGAUAAUAAGCAGCCCACUGGAGUUGAGUGGUUCCCAAGUUACUCUGAUCUCAAAACAGCUAUUGAGAUAUAUGGAUUUGUUCCACGCGUUCCGCUGCAGGGAGAGUCGCCAAGUGCUGAUAAUGACAAUAGAGGACCACCUGAUAAUAUUCAAACGUGGAUAAAGUUUACAGCUGCGUGCUGUCAAGCAAGGGGGCAAGGGUGUAUGUUUUUGGCUUCUGAGGCAGAAACAUUACUGGAGGUUAUAGUUCUUCUGUCUCUAGACCGCAAGCUGGAAGGAUUCCUGCUACUUCUGCAUGACUGUGUACAGUCUGUCAUCAAUUACUUCACAGAUGAGGAAUGGCAGGCAGCAUGUCAAAGUGUUGCAAGAUCUCUUGCUUGCAGGGUUCCAAAGGAUUUGAACUGCAUAAGAGCCCUGGAAUCCAUACCAGGAAUCAGCCCCCGUGCUAACAGCCUCAGAGCUGCAGUUUCCCAUCAACUACUGCAUAAUUCUUUUGAUAAGGCGAGCGAUGAGGAGGGAAUCCUUAGUUGCCUUAUCGCCAUUAACAUGGCGGAGAGAGAAUGUGAUCUGUUCAAAAUGUACAUAUACCUUAGUUUGGCGGAAAAUUGGCUGCUCUCUACCACAGUUCUAGAAGACAAGCCGCUAAUCUGCGAGAUGUGGGGUGUUUACUUGCGUCACUGUACUUGCCAAAUUAGCCAUGGGGAUCUGCGGCCCUAUGCAGCAAAGAUUCGUGCUAAAGCCACAUAUCUACUUCACUCGAAAACCAAGAAAUAUUGAUCAUUAUGCCAGGUAUGCCCUCUGCAUAGACACUAGACACCAGACAGUAAUCUUGUAGGGAAAAAUUGUGAGUCAUCUUAGACGAAAUAUUUCUGAAGUUCUUUUAUCAUCUUUGUGAUAAUCUCAGUAUUCCUCAAAAAGAUCAAACUUAUAUCACUUUCCGAAUCGACGAGAAUGUCUGUUCUUUCUCGAAUUUUUCAUUGAGUGGUCGAUUGAUGUAUAUUGUGCAGGAUAAUUACUUUGAAUACCUACAUUCACAAUCUUUUAUAGAAGACCGUUCAUCUAGACAUUAUAGUCAAGAUUUCAUAAUCGAAACAUCAUUUGUUAACGUGCUAAAUGUUGAAUACUUCAACACAACCUCCGAUAAUUAGGUCUCCGCUCUUGCACCGGUUGCGCACCCUCGUCAGAACUUGAUGGCGGCGCGGCUCCUCAUCCGUCGCCGCCGCCACACUGGACGGUGGAAGUAACCAAACCCAUACAUCCCAAGGACCGUCGUCACGAAUCCAGCCGGGUACCCGAUUCCGGCCGUCAUCCAAGAAAACCAUACGAGUCCCUCCUCGCUCUCGAUUCCGUCUCCGGGAGUCGAUGCCGCCUCCUCCGGCGUCACCGGCUCGAUGCAGGGCACGCGAAUUUGCGUCCCGCACAGCCCACCGACAUUUCUCGCGUAAGAAUCCGGGUCGUUCAUCCUGUCCAUUUGGGGACCGUGCGGAAUCCGGCCGGUGAGAUUGUUGUCGCUCAGCUUCAGAUUCGUCAGCUGCAGCAGUUUCCCCAUCGACUCUGGAAUCUCUCCGUCCAGGUCGUUGUGCGACAGAUCCAAGCUCUCCAAAUCCCUCAUUUCGCCGAAGCUAGCCGGGAUUCGACCGGUGAGCUGAUUGUGAGAGAGAUUGAGCACUUUCAGGCUCGUCAAUCUGCCCAAGGUGCGAGGAAUUUCACCGGAUAAUCGAUUGUUGGAUAGAUCGAGGAAAGUGUAUAAUCCUAGAUGCUCGUUGGGAAGACCCAGAUGGAGCGUCUUCCAGAACACCUCCAACAAUGGAGUGAAGCUAGUCAACAUCUCCCUGUCAAAAUAGCUGAAGUAACCCGAGCUGUGACUAACCAUCUCCUUGAUCGACGAGUCGGAAGGAGCGAUUCGCAUUCCGGCGAGAUCUCCCAAACUCGCCGGCACUGUGCCGCUUACCCUGUUCCCGGAGAGGUCCAAGAUUCGGAGACUGGUCAGGUUCGAGAACGCUUGCAACGGGAUCGAGCCUUCGAGGUAAUUGUUGCGAAGAACCAGAAUUUGGAGGGACGACAUUGUGGAGAGGGACGUCGGGAUUUCACCUGAGAUAUUGUUGUUGUUGAGGUCGAGAAAUUUGAGGGUCUCGAGAUUUCUCGGCGAAAUCCCGGUGAACUCGUUGUGGCUGAGCUCAAGCACUCCCAAUUGGUAGCGAUUACUGACAUAAGCUACAGAUAUUUCGCCAUGGAAGCUGUUGAAAGAAAUGUCAAUGUAUGAAGGACAAGACGAGGAAGGAUGUCGACAGAGGGAUUGAAAUGGCUCCCCUGAAAGUUGGUUCAUGGACAAGUCCAGCAGUGCCAGAGUGGAGACGUUUGAGAUGCAUUGUGUGAUCGGGCCGGUGAAUUGGUUAUUGGAUAAUACCAGGGCCAUGAACCAAUCUCGAUCGCAUCGAUCGCUGUCUGGGAAAUUCCCACUGAACUUGUUCUUCGACAGGUCGAGGAUUCCUUGGCUUGGCCCUUCUAACCCUCGUUCCAAGAACAAUUCCAGAGGCAGAGUACCUUCGAGCAAGUUAUCGGAGACAACAAGAUCAAUGAUUCCCAUUUUAGCUAGCCACUUUGGGAACCCUCCGUUGAUUCGAUUCCUGCUCAAGUCCAAGUAAGAAAUUUCGGUCUGGUUUCGUAACCAAACAGGGAUUCGUCCUGAAAUGCUGCAAGAAGCCAGUGACAGCUCUCCCAGCUUUGAUUUGGGAACCAAAGCAUCUACAUUUUUCAGCGUGAGAUUGUUGUUCCCCAGAUACAGAGCUGCCAUCUCAGGAAAAUCGAACAGCCCAAUUGGAAUCCCACCCGAUAGAAGAUUGUCGUCGAGGGUGAGCGUGUAUAGCUUGGUCAAGUUCUGGAUCGAAAGAGGUAUCCCGCCGGUUAGUCGAUUGUCGCUUAGAGAAAUGCUGUCGAGUCUGGACACGUUCCCAAUUCCAACUGGAAUCUCCCCUGACAGAAAAUUCCCCCGCAAACUUAAAGACUCCAACUUCUCCAAACCCAGAAGAGCUUGUGGAAUCGCACCAGUUAAUCUGUUGUUACCCAGAUCAAGUUCCUGCAACUUGGUCAGGUUCCCAAUCUCGCCCGGGAUUUCCCCAGUCAGGAAAUUCCCGUUCUUGUAACUCCGCCUCACAAAUGGCCCAUCAAUGUAGCUCCCUGUCUUCUCAACUUCACAGACGCUGAGCCUCAAGGUUUGGAGGUUCGUCAGGGAAAACAGCUGAGGAGGAAUGGCGCCGCUGAAGUGAUUGCUGGAGAGAUCGAGGUCCUCGAGCCGGGUUAAGUUGGAGAUUUCAGGCGGGAUCUCGCCGUGUAUGUAAUUGGUAGUCAGGUCGAGUCUCAUGAGCGUGGUCAAGCGGAAGAGCGGGGCCAGAAUGGCGGAAGUCACGGUGGCGUUUUCGCCCAGUAUCGAAGGGACGAGAUAGGAGAAGUCAAGAUCAGUUACCACGCGAGGUUCCACUUCGGACCAGCAACCAACGUCGGACCAUCCGCAACAGCUGGUGUCGGGGUCCCAUUCCAGCAGACUGUCGGCGGCGGUGGCGGAGGUGUUUGCGAGUAAGAGGGAUUUGAAUUCGAGGAGGGCUUCUUUCUGUUAGUGAGGACAGCCAUUGGAAGGAGCUGCCGAGGUGAUAAGAAGAACGACGAGGAGGAAGAAGGAGAAGGGGGCGGCCAUGGUUUGAAUUGCCUAGUAUUACUGCCACACUGCUCGGUAGUGCUCACUUAUAACAAAUUCCUGCCUCCCAUUUUCGUUGCUUUUGGCUAAAGUUGGAGACUUGUGAGAUAUGUGAAUUGCGGUCGUUGUGGAUUUGCCAGUCAACAGAUUCCGGUUUUGCAAGUUUCUCCAUUUUCCACAACUUGCUUUUUGGGAGUGCUAUAUACCGCUGGUGGGAUGUGACGAAGAGAUUAGGAAGCCAACAGAGAGCUUAGUUUAAGCUAUUUUUAGUUUGAAAUUAUGAAGUUACUGGUUG